AUGGCUUCCACCACGCGUUUAGAUAAAGCCAGCACCGCUCGCUCACCAAUGCGUCAGGCGUCGCGAAAAACCUGUGAAACUGCACGUAAUGGCCGAGGAACAUUUGUAAGAUUAUACCGCGAAUUGUUCAAAAUGACGUCCCACCGCAGACGUCACCCUGAAUUUAUGGCGGCCAUAGAUGACGUAUGGCAUAGAGGUGUGUACCGUCAGCAUGUCAAGUGCGCGGAAGGUGUUCUGCUCCGUAUAAAAGCAGCUAUUUUUCUUAUUGACACCUCUAUUGCAUUAAUUAUAUUGUAUUCCCUUGCAACUGAAUUUGAAUAA